AGUGAGUCACCCUCAACAAUUCUAGUCUAAUACUCCACUUAUGUCUGAGGUUCACUGCAUGCUGCUCAUUGUGUGAUAGCAUCGUCAUAUAAGAACAAGGGAAGUCAUUAUGACUCUUCAUCUGACAGGUGUUUGGCUGCUGCUCAUCGCACAUACAGUGUUGGUGUUCUGUGAUAUGGAAUUCCUGGAGAGAACGCAGGGUGACUCUAUAGAGUUCUACUGUAUCUCUGCGUUCAAUGCCUCCAAGCCCAUUGGGCUCUACCUGAAACGCAAGUGGCUGCAGCCCAACCAAGAGGUCCUGUUCAUGUUUACUGAACAAAAGCCUUCGUUUUACGGUGACGUCAAAGAGCGCAUCCAUGUCACGGGGGACCCGAGUACUCACCGGGUCAACGUGACCCUCAGCCAACUGAAGGGAACAGACACAGACCUCUACUACUGUGAGUUCGUCUUCCCCGAUGCCUCCAGCGUCGAUCAAAAGAUUCCAAGCAAUAUGGAGUUCUUUCUGUACGUUGACAAUGUUGAAGAUGUCUCAGACAACAAGAUGGAUGUAGGCCUGAUAGAGACGUGCGCCGGGGGGUCAGCUGUCCUCCCCUGCCUCGCCCCCUACGGUUCCCCCUCGGCCAUGGAAGGGGUAUGCCUGAAGAGGCGGUGGGGCCGGGCUCCAGUGGAGGUGCUGUUCCACUCAAAGCGCCCCUCUUCCUCUGCCUCGUUCCCCUCAGAAGAGAGGCUUCACCUGGGCACGGGUCUGGGAGGCCUAGCAUACAACCUCACCCUGCUAAAGAUGCAGCCGGAAGAGAGCGCCUUUUACAGCUGUGAGCUGCUGCUCCCCGGCAGGUCCGACAACAGUGCCAGGCUAGGGAGAUACGUGUACUUUGUGUCUGUGCAAGGUGUUAGGUGUAGCUGUACUGGCUGCACUCCACUGCUCUAUGCCCUUUCUGCUGCUGUGGGGUUACUACUCAUGUUCCUUAUGGCCCUGGGGGUGGCUCAUUAUGGUAAGACCCGAGGAGACCGUGUCAAACCGCAGCCCCACCAGGCUUCCAUCUACGAGGAGAUGGUUGGGGUGCGGCCCCCCAACCGGAAUGGAAAAGUGUCUCCCUCUUACCACCCGAGGCCCCCCCUCUGAGUUCUCAACAGGAACCACAGAGAGGCCCGAAGAGUCACCGCUAGUAUCUGAAACUGCAAGGAACAAGGUCUGCCCAAUCUCACCAACAACUACAACUUACAUAACCUUAAAUUUGGACAAACAAACAAACAUCCACCUAACAUAGUUUGUUGUACUGUAAAUGCUGUUGUGGCGUUAUAAACAAUGUUUUGUAUUUGAUGUAAAUGCUGGCAGCUAAAUGUUGUAGCCUUGCUUUACUUUUUGAAAAGUUAUUGUAUUUAAACCAACAAAAAUAUUAAGUGUAAUACUUGUGUUGUAUUUUGACAUGGUACAUUUUGUGCAGGAAACAGAUAAUCAUGGCCAUUCCAAUAUCAGGACUUACCAAUUUAUACCUGGUGCUAACAUCCCGUCCUUUGUCCACAUUCUGAGACAGAUGUAGACUAUUAAAUGCAUUGUGGUCCGGUAAAUUGUCUUGAUAUCAAGUGUAGACUGAUAAAACCUUUAUGGCUUCAAGAUGUCUCAAUAUUUUGAAUACUGGAUGGGACCAGGAAACCUGGUCUUAAUGCGGACUGGCUAAUAUGUGGACAAGCUCCAGGACACAAGCUCGCAACAGGGUGCCUGCCUUUCCACAUUGAGCUUGUUACCAUGCUACAUAUCGGAAAUUAACCAGUCAUGGGAUGGUCCACCGGAUGUGUUUGCAUGGUGUGCUGAACCACAGCUUCAAAAUCUAAUUGUAUUUGUCACAUGUGCUGAUACAACAGGUGUUGACCUGACAGUGAAAUGCUUAGUUGCAAGCAUAUAGAAAAAUAAGUGAGGCUAUACACAGGGGGUACAGGUAAUAUGUAAGCAGAGGUAGUGACUUUGCAGUUCAGUUGGAUGUGAAAGCUGUAAUGUCCUUUUGCGAUAUGCAAAUUCUGAGAACUCACUCUGACCUGAAUAAAAGUGCAGAGAUUUAACUCAACAGCUUACUGUAAAAAAAAUAAAUUUAUAACAAGGGGUG